UGCAAAUCUUAAUAUCUGGAUAAGAAGCAACAACGAUGAAUACGUUAUCCACAAGAUGGUUUUCUGAGGAGAUAGAAGAAAAUAGCAUCAUCCAACAAUAUCACAUGAACUCAAUGGUGGGAGAGGCCCAUGAAGAUCAAUACACUCUUUCACAGUCUUUCUCAUCUCUUGAUACCACCAAAAAUGAUAUUUCUUUUGAUGAUUUGAUCGAAAUAAAACCAUCAAAGAUCCUCAAAACAACUUACGUAUUACCAAAGUUGUCACCACCACCUUAUUCUUCUCCCCUUCCUCCUAGCUCAAAGCCUCAUCUUCAUCAUCAGCCUUCCUCAAGAAUUCUCUCUUUCGAUAAUGGCGGUCCAAAUGUUAUGGAUCACGAGUACUCUCCCACCUAUCUAAACUCGAUAUUUAGCUCCAAAAUAGAAGCUGAAGUGCCACCACAGCGGAUGAAUGAGCCGAUUAAUCGUAAAGGGACCAAGAGGGCUCAACCUUUGUAUAGAAGCCAAUCCCAUGCUCAAGAUCACAUCAUUGCCGAAAGAAAACGUAGAGAGAAACUUACUCAAAGAUUUGUAGCUCUUUCCGCUCUAGUUCCCGGCUUGAAAAAGAUGGACAAGGCUUCUGUGUUGGGAGAUGCAUUAAAGCAUAUAAAGUAUCUCCAAGAAAGGGUGGGACAGUUUGAGGAACAGAAGAAAGAAAGAAGAUUGGAAUCAAUGAUUCUUGUGAAGAAGUCUAAGCUGAUUUUAGACGAUAAUAGUCAAUCGUCGUCUUCUUCUUGUUGUGAAGAUGGCUCCUCGGGAUUGGACCUUCCCGAGAUUGAAGUACGAUUCUCGGAUAAAGAUGUUCUAAUCAAGAUUCUUUGCGAGAAGCAAAAGGGUCAUAUUGCUAAGAUUAUGGCCGAGAUUGAGAAAUUUCGUUUCUCAAUAACUAACUCAAGUGUUUUGCCCUUUGGACCAACUCUUGAUAUCACCAUUGUAGCUAAGAAGGAGUGUGAUUUCGACAUGACACUAAUGGAUGUUGUAAAGAACCUGAGGUCUGCCUUAUCGAAAUUCAUGUGAUUGUUUUAAAAUCUCAUGAUUAUCGUCCAUUUCUCAGGGAGAUCUAGUUGGAACAUAUCAAAGAAUCAUGAGUGGUUCUUACCAUGACGAUGCUUUUCUUUAUUAAUAUAAUUAAGUUUGAUUGGAAACUUUCUUAAUUUGUUAUAUAUGCUCAAGAUUGAAUGAGUUGAAGAAUCACUCCACUCAUGCGAACCGAUAUUAGGACAAGUUCAUGGUUUUGAGGUGGAAUUUGUCCCCCUGCUUAUGUUGCUAUAAGAAAUUCUAAUGAUGUAAAGCACUUUUCAUGGGUG